GCAACUUUUCUGUUUGAAAGGGUAUUUGCGCAUACGUUUCUCUUGCGAAUAAAUUCAAGAAUCGAGCCUCUGAGCCACUUUAGCUAUAGCACGGCUCAUUGUGUCAAGCAUUGGCUGCCGGUUCGAGCGGCUUAGCGCUACUUUCGGUGCGCUCUUAUUUGUUCAAUUUAAAAAAUUAUUAUUUUGGCUAUUAUUGGAGAUAUCCAAAAACUAUAGUAGAUUUUUAUGUUCACCUUAAUCUCGUCUAUCUUUCUAUUAAGUAUUGCAUACAUUAUACGAGACACCGUGUAUAUAGGGCGUUUUCUGUGGAGACCUCUCUCCCCAGAAUAUACUUCAAUAUUAAAAAAGCAGCAAGUGCGCAAAUUAUAGCUAAAAACGUCUAUUUUUAAAUGCCGUUUGGUAUUUUUUGAAAAAUUUAGUACAAGAUACCAAUAUGGUGUCAAAUUGAGACUAUUUUCCCUCAUUUAUGAACAGAAUAUUUGAACAAAAUAUCAAGACACAAUAUAUAGACUUUAAAAUGCGUUUUCAGAGUAGCUGAAAAUUUCUAGAUACUCAUUUUAGUUAAAAUAUUAUUUUUUGAUACUUCGAUCAAAUAUUCUGCGUGUAACUCACUGAUUUUAGUUAUAAUUUGUUCGGAACUGAUAAACAAUUAUUGCAAACGUAUAAUACUACAAAUUUAAAAAUUAGAAAUUUUCGAGCUAACUACAAAGGGUUUUAAAAUACAGAUUAUCAUAAUUUAAGUCAACAUUAUGUAGAAAAAAUGGAAGUCGAGUGUGAAUAUUGUAGAGGGAAACAUUUUCACGCUGAAAAAGUUCACAAUAAAGAUAACUCAUUCAAAGAUAGUUGUAAUCAUGGAAAAGUUAUAUUGGAACCUUUACCAACAUUUUUUAAUGAACUACAACAAUUAUUUUUGGGAAAUCAUAAAAAAUCUAAUGAGUUUUUUAAAAACCUAAGAAGUUACAAUGGUGCAUUUUCUUUUGCAUCUUUUAAUGCUAAUUUGGUUAAUUUUAAUGCAUAAAAACGAGGACCUUAUUGUUUCAAAAUUUAAGGUUAAAUUUAUUAUCAAAUUAAUACUGCAUUAUAUCCUGCUAUAAAUGAGCAAUCAAGUUAUGGACAGCUUUUUAUUCUUGACGCUAACGAAGCUACAGAAUGCCGUUUAAAUGUAAAUACAAAUCUUCAUGAAGAGUUAUUGCGUACAUUAGAUGACAUUAUUCGUAAUAAUAAUAUAUUUGCUCAAUCAUAUCAAAUGAUGCACGAAGAAGUACUUAAUCAAAAAAGUUUAGGUUUAAAUAUACCUAAUUUAAAAAUAGGAUUUUUAAAUAAAAAAACAGGCAUUGAUCGUGGAAGAUAUAAUGUUCAAAAAAUUAAUAAAGUUGCUGCAAUAUUUUCAACUACUGCAGAUGGAAAUAUUCCUGAUUGUUAUGUUACAAUUAGAAACAAAUGUGAUAAAACUUUAAAAUACGUUAGUAUGAAUCCAAACGUUGAACCUUGGAUUUAUCCAAUGGUACACAUAUUAUCCAUAUGGUACACAAGGUUGGCAUGAUAAUAUUAAACAAAUCGGAUGGAAAACGUGUAACUAGAUCCAUGUAUGUUCAAUACCGAAUGGCUGUAUGUAAUAAUGUCAAUGUUUUUUUAAUAGGUAAACGGCUAUUUCAACAAUGGCUUGUUGAUAGCUAUGUAAAAAUAGAAAAAGAUAGAAUUAAUUGGUGUAAAGAAAAUCAAAAACAUUUGAGAGUGGAAAAGCACCAAGGACUGAUUGACUAUUUAGAAAAAAAGUGGCUGAUACUAAUGUUUAUAUUGGACGUGUAAUAAUACUUCCUUCUACAUUUAUUGGUUCACCUAGAAAUAUGAUGCAAAAUUAUCAAGAUGCGAUGACUAUUGUUCGCAAAUAUGAAACGCGGUUUGCCGCACAUACAUAUGUUAAUAACUAUGAAACAAAAUUGCAAAAUUACUAAUUUGGAAACUGUUGAUAAAUAUAUUUCUGCUGAAAUUCCCGAUCCUGCUAUUGAUAAAAAUUUACAUGAAAUUGUCAUGAAGAAUAUGAUUCAUGGACCAUAUGGUGAUUGGUGUAUGAUAAAUGGAAAAUGUUCAAAAUAUUUUCCAAAAUCCUUUCACGAGGAAACAACUAUGGAUGAAAAUGGUUAUCCACAAUAUCGUCGAAGAGACACUGGCAUUUUGUAUGAGAAACCCAAAGAAUUUGUAGUAGAUAAUCGGUUUGUUCCUUAUUGUCCCAUAUUAUCACAAAUUUUUAAUUGUCAUAUUAAUGUUGAAGUUGUUUCAAGUAUUAAGUCAGUAAAGUAUUUAUACAAAUAUAUUUACAAAGGUCACAAUGCAGCAUCUGUAGUUAUAGAACAAAAUGUGAAUAAUGUAGAAAUUGUUCAUGACGAAAUCAAAGAUUUUAUUGAAGCACGCUAUGUAAGACCAGUUGAAGCUUACUGGCGUUUAUAGGUAAAACAUUACAAGAGAAGAGUCAUGCUAUUAUUCGUCUAUCUGUACAUUUGCCAAAUGAACAGAAUGUUAUUAUAUCUAAUAAUUCAAAUUAACAAGAUUUACAAUCUGCUUUAGAUCGUAUAAUAAUGUUAAUGGAUUAUUUUAAAUAAAAUAAACGAAAUGUUGAUGCACGUCAGUAUGUAUAUACAGAUAUACCUUUAUAUUUUGUAUUUAAAAAGGUAACAUUUAACGGAAAACAAAUUUAUCGUUGGAAAAAACGUCAAUGUCAUUUUAACUAUAUUGGACGCAUGUACUCAGUUAGCCCAACUGAAAUCGAAUUAUUUCAUUUACGUAUUCUUUUAUUGAAUGUCAAAGGAGCAACAUGCUAUAAUGACUUAAAAACAGUCAAUGGUGAAUUACAUCAAACGUUUACUUCUUCAUGUUUAGCUUUAGGCUUAAUUAAAGAUAAUGAAGAAUGGAAACGUGCAAUGAACGAAGCUUCUAUUUGGAUGAUGCCAAGACAACUUAGGUUACUUUUUGUUCAAAUAUUAAUACAUUGCCAACCAGGGCAUUCAAAAGAAUUGUGGGAUGAAUUUCAAGUUGCAAUGUCAGAAGAUUACAUACGACAAUUUGGACGAGUCACUGGGAUAAGAAAGGCUUAUAUUCAAAUUGGUCAAUUACUUUGCAAAGAAGAUUGGGAACUUUCACAAUUUCCAGAAAUGGAACAAAUAACGAUUGAAUAUGAAAAAGAACAUGCCAAACAAUUGGAAAAAGAAGUCUUACUUGGUCAACAACAAUACAGUCAGUUAAAUCAUGACCAAAAAAUAAUUGUUGAUUAUGUUUUAACUCUUUUAGAAAAAACUGAUGGUCAACAAUUAAAAUGUUUAUACAUUGACGGUUUAUACAUUACCGGGAGAUUCAGGUAAAAUUUUUGUUUAUACAACAUUAUAUUAUAUUACUAUUUACUCAAGUCUCAAAACAAAGUUGUUAGUAGGGGGAGUUCGCCUAGUGCCGGACACCUAAGGUUUUUUCAGGAUAAAUAAAAAACUAUUUCGUUAUAUAUUUUUUAUAUUGUAUUUAUUACAAGUUAACAUAUUAGAAAUCAAGAUAAAAGAACAAAAUAAUCAACUUUGUCAGAACAAUUAUCUUAAAUCACAGUUAAUCUUUGAUUUAUGAUUUUAGUGAAACAUAAACUGGCCCCUAAUACCGGAUACAAUAAAAGUAAGUCCCCUAACGCCGAACAACUUUAAAAUAAUAGGUACCGAUCACAAAUAUAGUUAGCAAAACACUCAGAGAUAUCCACACAAGCUAAAAAAUAAAAAAAUAAAACAAAAAAUUUUUCAGACGGCAAAAGAGGCACAGAUUUACCAAAGGGCAAGAAUAAGUUUCGUAUAGAAGACACAAACAUAUUAUUUGAUGCAUUAAUAACCGGACUUAAAAGAAGUGUAUGACAAACUAGAAAAAA